AUGGCAGCUUAUGCAGCUCUGGUUUCUGUGAUGAACAUCAUUGAGCAGAUGAUGAGCCAUCCUCGCCUUUCAACUGUAUUCGACAAGAAACAGAUUGAAUCCAUUGGGGAGAAGGCUGAUGGCUUGCUCAACUUGAUAACCAACACUAAUAUUGAUGGAGGUAGCAGAGAAGCAUCAGAUCUGGAGAGUCAAAUCGCAUCUGCAGCUCACGCAGCUGAAGAUGUUAUUGAAUCACACAUUGUCGAUCAAAUUCAUGCUGGAUCCAGUCAUGGAUGCUCGUUGUCGGAUCUGCAACAAAUAAUUGAAGAAAUGGAUGGUAUCAUGAAAAAGGGUGCUGAGCUUAAGGAGAAAUGGCGAGCGAGAGAGGAGCAAGCUGCACAUGGUGACGUGGAUGUUGUGGAGGAGAAACAACCUCUCACCACCACCACCGGAAAGGCUUCUCCGGUGGGACUCGAAGACGACGUGAUCCACAUCAUGGACAAGCUCACCAUACAUCAACCCAAGCAGCACAUCAUCUCGAUUGUGGGGAUGGGCGGCACGGGUAAGACCACGCUUGCUCUAAAUGUUUAUGAAAAUUCACUCAUCCAGAGACACUUUGACAUUCGUGCUUGGGCUACUGUAUCUCAACAAUACAGUGCACAAGAAAUCUUUUCAAAACUUCUCUCUAGCAUAGGGCAAAGUGGAAGUGGGAAUGAUUUAGAGGUAGAGUUGCAUCAAACUUUAUGGGGAAGAAGAUAUCUGAUUGUAUUAGAUGAUAUAUGGAGUGUCGAAGCUUGGGAUGAGGUGAAGCGUUACUUUCCUGAUAAUGGGAAUGGAAGUCGGAUCGUUUUAACUACUAGGUUGUCGGAUGUGGCUAGUGAUUGUAGCUCUAGUUCUUGCUUCACCAUGAAACCUUUAAAAAAGGAUCAAAGUUGGGUGUUGUUUUGCAGAAACGCUUUCCAGCAAGAGCAUUGCCCUUAUCCUCAACUAGAAAGUGUGGGAAAUGAGAUUGUUAGAUUGUGCAGAGGACUACCCUUGUCAAUUGUUGUGAUUGGAGGGUUUCUUCUCAAAUCGCCUAGGACUGUAGGAUUCUGGGAGGAUGUUGCCAAGAAUAUAAAAUCAAUCCCCAAUUCAAUGGAGAAGCAAGAGAUCUUAGAUGUGUUAUCUUUAAGCUAUAAUCACUUGCCCCCUCAUCUGAAACCAUGUUUUCUUUAUAUGGGAAUUUUUGAGGAGGACAGUGAGAUUCGUGCAUCACGAAUCAUCAAACUUUGGGUUGCUGAAGGAUUUAUCAAACCGAAGAGAGCCCAAAUGUUAGAAGAGAUUGCAGAGGGGUACUUGAAUGACUUAGUUGAUAGGAAUCUUGUUCUUGUUGGCAGACAUCGAUAUAAUGGGAAGAUUAGGUCUUGUCGACUUCACGAUCUGAUAAGAGAUCUGUUCUUGAAAGUCUCUGAGAAAGACAAGUUCUUCUAUCACUAUGUCAAAAGGUCACUCGACAACAUGACUAAGAAGUGUCGCCCCAUCGAUCGGAUAAGAGAUCUGUUCCUCAAAGUCUCUGAGAAAGACAAGUUCUUCUAUGCCAAAAGGGCACUCGACAACAUGACUAAGGAGCGUCGCUUCAUAUGUCAUGACUUCAUCAAGAGUGAUGAUGUUCCUGAGAUGUCUGAUGCUCUGAAAUCAGCGCAGCUUCUUCGUUCUCUAGUAUGCAGAGGGUUCAAGCUGCCGGUUGUGUUCAAGUUAUUGAGAGUUUUGACUGUGGCUAGCGACUGUUUCACGGUAAAUAUAAUGCAGAUCUUGAACUUGCGGUGCCUUACUUUCCAAUCUCCGUACUUCUUGCUGGUGAGGCUUCCUUCUUCAAUAUCCUUCAUUUGGAACCUGCAAACAUUGACAAUUCAUGCGAGACUUGUCGUUGCACCAAUUGAAAUUUGGAGCUUGUCACAACUUAGGCAUGUGGAGUGCACACGGAUUUAUCUUCCCCAUCCUCCUCCUCCUCCAAAUGACUGUGUUGUCAUGGUAAACUUACAGACACUGAUAAAAGCAGUAAAUUUGAGGUUGAGUGAGGAGGUGUGUAAGAGAAUUCCCAACACCAACAAAUUGCAUCUAAUCUACGAUAAUGAGUUGGAGGGAUAUGAUGAUUGCUUGUUAGACCAUCUCCACAAUCUUGGCAGCCUACAUAAACUUCAAUCACUAAAGCUAGUUUCCACCUUUUCUUACCGUUCCUCAUGCAAUGCAGAUCAGCUCAAUUGUGCAUUUCCGGUAUCUCUGAAGAAGCUGUCACUCGCAAACUGCAGUCUUGACUGGAAUGAUCUAACAAUCAUCGGUUCUUUGCCCCAAUUAGAAGCUCUCAAGCUAGUGGAUUCCGUCAAGGGACGAAACUGGCGUCCGGUUAACGGGGAGUUUAGCCGCCUUACAUUCUUGAGCAUUGUUGGUUGUGAUCUGAGAUGUUGGGAUGCAGAGAGCUCCCAUUUCCCAGUUCUGAAGAAGCUUAUGCUUAUGAGAUUGAAGCAGUUGGAAGAUAUCCCUUUGGAUAUUGGAGAAAUUCCGACGCUUGAAAUCAUCAGUGUGGUUGGAUGCAGUGAGUCUGCUGAAAUUUCGGCGAUGAAAAUAAAGGAAGAACAAGAGAGUCUAGGAAAUGAGGGCCUUCAAGUACACGCAGGCGGCAGGACGGUCGGGAACCAAGCGGUGAACCUCCGGCUAGGCGAAGAUACCCAACAGUGGUAUCAGAGCCACGGUGACCUAGCCGGGGCACCCUCCGACCGCACCUCCUUCACCCCGCCGCCCCUUCGGGCUGCGCCAAUUCGCUCCCGACGAGCAAGGAAAGAGGUAGGUCCAGCCUCUCCCCUUCCUGGGAGAGACGGCUCUGAUCUUAGUAUCUUGCGAUCCUGUUUUCUUUUGUGCUUCCGCGUGUUGUCUGAAAUCUCGAUAAACCCUGGCAUUCAAAGCCAAGUGAGGUACACGCAGGUAGUAGACGAAGCUGGAGGUGAAGAGAAAUAA